GUGUGUGUGUGUGUGUGUGUGUGUGUAUGUGUAUGUGUGUGUGUUACUCAGCACUGAUUGGAACAAAGGACAUUUUUCUUGGCUAAAGUCAUGCGUCCGAGCCGUUUAACUGGCAACGGUGUAGGGGGAGUAUCUGUAGUCCUAGUGGGCAGCACACACACACAUACACACACAUACACACACUCGCACACACAGAACUGCCAUGUUUCUGAAGAGUAGACGAGAUGUUUCUUGUGAAAAUGGUCUUCUUCUCCUCUCUGGCCCUCAUUAGCUGGCCCAGAUGAUUGCAUGACAAGCUCACUGUGGAAAGCUCUGACACGUCCUGCACGCUUUUUCUGUGGAAGGAGUCACUCUUGAACCUUGUUAAGUUUAAGGACUUUCUAAGAAGUAAGCGUUUGUUGCCAGGAAUAAAUGAUCACCUCAGCAAGACGAAUCACCUCAGACAAACCUGAAGUUCAAAUCUCCUUCAGCCUUGAUGAGUCCUCAGAGCUGACCGAUGCAGAGGAUCAAUUUCCAUCUUUCCCUGAUCUUGAGCAACGCCUGCAGCCAGUGUUGCCAUGUCAGUCUCUAAAGGAGUCUGUCCAAGUCUACAGAGACCAUUGCAGAAUGGCAAAAGAGUUUCACCAGGUUAAAACAGAAAUCGCUCUGCUGGAAGACAGAAAAAGGGAGCUGAUAGCUGACCUGGCUGAGGACGAGAAGGUGACAUUGGAGAUUGCUCGACUGGAGGAAGAGUUCCGCCUUUUGACGGAGGAGAACCGUACCCUCGUCACCAUGUACACGGAGCGCACUCAGCAGCUUGCAAAUUUACGCAUAGUCAAUCAGAAGAGGCAGGGUUCCUCAUGACCCUUGGCCUUUUGUGCAGUGGUCAGAAUGAAUGUGUUUUCAAGAUUUUUUUUUCUUUAUGAGCCACCUUAACAUUGGGGUAUGAUACAAUGUACAUUUAACAUGCCAUCAGUGUUUUGCUGUACUCACCAGCAGUUAAAAAUGAUGAGCAUUACUGUUAUAUAAUGUGAGGUUGAGAUCAGUACAACGAAAGGGUGAGUAUUUCAUAUUAAGAAGAGUAAAUAUUUGAGAUCAUUGUAUCAUGGUUCAAACUCUAUCACCAGCUAAAGAGAGAAAAUGGCUCUCUAGCACUUAUUGAUUGUAAUACAGAUCUUAGAAUUCUAGGCAACUGUUUAGGUGACUAAAGGGUUUUAUUCUAAACCUGGAUUUACAAUAUAAAUUAUUCAUUAAUGAAUAAUGGGUAUAGUUAGCUGUGUUCUGCAAUGAGUAAUAAAAAUGAAAGUGUGCUGCGUUAAUACCAAUCUGAGCAAGAAGCACUUGUAAAAUGAUCAUAAUUGGUUAUUGCGUCUGCAUUGGAGACCAGAGGAUUAUCUAUUCUGACUCUUAUAUGGGCUCAGGUUAGGGGCUUGUAUGAUGUCUAUAUAUGCAAGUAUUAUAAAUAACUAGAAUUUUGACAAAAAAAAAAAAAAAACCCCACAAAGCAGCAGAAUAUAGUUAUGGUUAAAUUAAUCACAAUUUAAAUCAAUAAAUACAUAUACUGAUGCUGAAUCCAGAAAGCUGAACAUGAUGAUUGCUCCUGAGUAUCUCAGUUAAAGUGUUUUAUGUUUAAUUCAAAAUUCACACUUCCUAUGAUGUCUGAUGUAAACGAUAAAGAGGCUAAAUUUCUAUAUUAUGCUAUUUUUUAUAAAUAUGGCAUCCCUGGUGGAGAACAUUCUGGGUUCUGAAGUUUUGUAAAGGAUCACAUCAAUCCUAUCAAUAAAUGCUUUUUAAUGUUUUA